UCGUCAUGGCAACGGGACGCUGUGCCAGGCGGGCGUGAGGGGACGCCGCCGCCGCCGCCGCCACCGCCCGUCAUGGCGGAGAUCUUGUGCGAGUGGCUGAACAAGGAGGUGAAGCUCUCCCGGAGCGUGGUUCCAGGAUCAUUUUCAGAAGAAUUUUCUACUGGCUACCUCCUAGGAGAACUUCUAUAUAAAUAUGGUCUUCAGGAUGACUUUAAUCAAUUUUCACAGAGCAGGGUUGCAAAUGCAAAACUUAACAAUUUUUUUCGCCUGGAGCCUACACUUCACCUCCUUGGUGUACAGUUUAAUGAGAAUGUGGCCCAAGACAUCAUGACAGGACAGCAUGGAGCUGCAACAAAGCUUUUAUAUGAAUUGUAUAUUGCUUUAGAAAAAAAGAGAAAGACAAAGCUCACUGGAGUAGCUAUGGAAGCAAUGAGACCUGCAGCAACUGCAAAGCUUAAGUCUAUUGAAAGUGCUUUGUAUCAAGAGCGUUUGAAAACUUUAACACCACGUCAGACUGAUUUGCAACUACAGCAGAUGUCCGAGCAUUUUGAAAUAAAAUCUAAGGCAAUAGAAGAUAAAAUAGCUCGUAUACGUAUUGCAGAACAACAGAAAGUUCAGAAGCUCCAAGAGGAACAAAGAGCCCAAGACACUGAAAAGCAUCGUGUAGGAAGAAGGAGACAGAAUGAAAUAAUGGCCAAAAUUCAAGCAGCCAUUAUACAGAUUCCAAAGCCACCACCAAGACAUACCAUAAAAGCUACUGAAGCAAAAAAAGUCUUAAAGAUGAAAAGAGAAGCAGAGGAUACAUACAAGGAGAUUAAAAAGUUUGAGAAGUCUAUGGCAGGAAAUGCCUCUGCAGUAUACAGCCAAGUCACUGACAGUGAUAUACAAGAAUCAUUGCAAACACAGAAGUUGCAAGAAACAACUCUAGAAACUACAGCACAGACAGCAACUGAGCUGUUAAAUGUUUAUUCAGAUGAUGAAUAUAUAAGGAAAAUUCGAAAACGUUUAGAGGAAGAUACAUUUGCUAGAGAACAACGAGAAAAAAGACGACGAAAAAUGCUAAUGGAACAGUUAAUAGCACGUGAAGCUGAAGAGGAAGCUUACCGGGAGGAGCAACUUAUUUACAGACUAAUGAGACAAUCUCAGCAGGAGCGAAGGAUUGCUGUUCAACUCAUGCAUGUUCGACAUGAAAAAGAGGUGUUACGACAAAACAGAAUUUUCAGGGAGAAACAAUUUGAUGAAAGACGACUGAAAGAGUUUCAGGAAGCUCUUGAUAGAGAAGCGGCUCUUGCAAAACAAGAAAAAAUUGAUCAUGAAGAACAAAUUACCAAAGAAAGAGAACAUCAUGAGAAAAUUGCUGUUGAAAGAGCUCAGGCACGUUAUAAAAAGCAUUAUUCUGUAUGUUGGGAAGUGGUCGACCAAAUCAUUGAUUUGGCAACAAAAGUAGGAGAAUAUCGUCUCCUGACAAACAAAAAAAUUCCAUUAAAACUGAUGCGUGAUUGGAAGGAAUUUUUUUUUACUGGAAAACCAGUAUAUGAACAAGCCUCAAUUCAACCUUUGCCAAAUGAACCAAGCCAAGAACAACUUGUAGAGCUGAAUAAAAUGAAUCUAUUAGAUGAAAAAGAUUAUGAGGAAUACAAGAGUAUGACAGGGGAAUGGUGCCCGACUGAAGAAAACAGUGAAAACAAACCUCCUCUUAAUAAUAACAUAUUGGGUCAUGUGCUUCGUAGGCUGAUGGAGAUUUUCUACCCUCCAAAACCCAAAUCUUCACUACCUGUAUUUCCUCCAUUUCCUAUCAAGGGAUGUAUUUUGGGAAAACUUUUUAGUGGAAAAACUACCUGUGUAAAGUUUAUUGAAAAAGUUUGCAAUAUUCAGGUACUAUCUCUUGAUACUCUGGUUCAGGAGGCCAUCCAAGCUUUUCUUAGAAAUGAAAUGAAAAGUGAACACUAUGUGAUUCCACAAAAAGCAGAGAGUUCUGAGGGAAAAAAUGAGAUGAAUUUAUCACCACUGAAAGUUCUAAAGAAACUCCAAACAGAAACACCUGUCAAUGAAACCCCAGGCAAUUGUCCUGUGAAAAAGGAUCCAUCUGGGCGAGAAGUUAAAUCCGAUUACAGUCAGGAAGACCUAUCCAAGCUAUCUGUACGUGCCCAGCUUGGCGCCGCAUCACAGAAAUUGUUGAAGAAAGGAAAAAGUAUCCCCGAUGAAUUACUAAUUGACAUCCUAUUGGAAGCCAUUAACCAAACACCACCAGAGAAGGGGUGGAUUGUGGAUGGGUUUCCAAUGACAAUUAAUCAAGCAAAGCUAUUUGAAAAAGCCUAUACAGGGAUUGAUCCAGAAGAGGAAGAUGGAAAUCUUGGAAAGCUCUCACUUGUUACAGACCCCAGAGCCCCUAACAAGACUCCUGUUACCUUACCUGCAUUUGAUGUUUCUGUAUUAUUGGAUAUUUCAGACACUGUGGCACUGAAACGUGUGGCUAACUUGAAGUCAGAUAAAUCAGUGUCAUCUGAAACCAAACAGGAGAACAAUCAAAAUUCAGAUGCUGAAAUCCUAGAGGAGAAGAUUGACUUAGCCAGGGACCAGGUGCUACACAGAAUUUCCAGCUUUCUAGACACGUGGCCAAAAUUAGAGAAAUGGUUUUCAGUCCAUCAAAAUAUUCUAGUGAAAGUCAAUGCAGAGACAGAAGAAAGUGCCAUGUGUGAAACAGUGAAGGAAAUUAUAAUGGAAGAAAUUGCCAAAAAACAGAAUAGAAGUACUAAUAGUAUAUAUAUAGAAAAGUCGGCUCAAGAAAUAUCACGGGGAGAAAACCUUUUACCAGUUACACGUGAAGAUCUGCUUCCUCGCACUCUUGUGACACCAUCACCGAUUGAACCAGGAUCAGAUGAAUGGAUUUAUGUAGAUGAACCGAUUCCCCAGGAGAUACCUGGUUUUUUAGUUCCUUACUGGGAAAUGGUAGAAAAUUCAUAUAUAAGCACCAUCAAAACUGUACUUCGAUAUCUAAGGGAUGAACGGCACUCUGUAAUUCAUUACUUAGCAGAUAUUAGAAAAAGAUUUCAGGAUUAUUUGAAGCUUCCAGAUCUUAAGCAGGAGUUUGUAUCUCAGUGGCAAUCAGGUUUUAAUUCUAUUGCUGAUGACCUGAGAGAUGAUGAUGAAACAAAAGCAGAACUACACCAAAGAGUUACUGACCUAAGAGAUCUUCUCUGGGAUAUCUGUGAUAACAGAAGGGAAGAAGCAGAGCAGGAACGUACUAAUAUCAUGAACGAUGGCUGGUUACAAGAUCACAGAGGAAUUGUAAUGAACCAUUUCUUUUCACUUAUGCAGGUCGAAGUGGAUCGUUUCCAAGAUACAAAGAGACUUCUUCAUGACUAUUACAGAGCAAUGGAAGGAAAAAUCCCAACAGAAGAUGGUCAAAAUUUUACUAGAAUCCCGUUGUUAGAUAUUAUCAACGUAGAGCAGAAAGAAGAUCAAAAAGAAUCAAGAAGGAUUCCUCUAGUUUCUUGGAAAGCGUCUUCACCAGAAAUAAGUAUUACCAAGUCAAAGAGCAAGGGAACUCCACAGAAGAGUGCUAAGGAUGAAAAUUCUGAAGAUGGAGUGGCCACUUCUAGGAAAGAUGAAAAUCUUAUUACUGAUACAUGGCAAACAGCAGUAACAGCAGUAUCAGAUAUUGUAAGAGCUGAAAUAGAGUCUAAAGAAAUGGAGGAAGAAAACAAACAUAAACGGCUAGAAGAGAAAGAUCGGAGAUCUUCACAGACACUGAAAGGUGCUGGGAAAGGUGCCAAAAAGGUUUCUCCCAAACCAGCUGCUAAAAAAAAAGGAUCACCUACUGUAACUGGGGAAGCCAGUCCAGUUUCUAUGGACCCAGAAGAAGUAAAGAAACAAGAACUGACAUUUAAAAUAAAGCGAGAAUAUUUCAGUGCCUUGAAACAUGAAGAGGUAGCUGCAAAAUCUCGACUAGAUCUCAUAAAAGAAAAGGCUUUAGCAUGUGUUGAAGAGCUAACAAAGAAAACAGAAGAGGCUUAUAAAGAUAUGGAAAAGUGGCUUGGAUCCAGGUUCUUAGCAGAAAUGUCCAGUAUUGAAAAGCUGAUUGAGGUUGCACGACAUCAUAUUGAGAGUUCUAGCAAAAUCCAAUAUGAAAUUACCUUAGAAGAAACAGAUUUCUUCAUCAGCAGUGAUGUAAAAGUGAUUCCUGACCCUGUUACUCCACCACGUGUUCCAAAAAUAGAGACUUCUGAAAGUGGUACUCUAACUAUUUCACAACUUACUACACUUCAUAAGCAGUUUCUACAGGUGGCACCUAAAGCCAUAAGAGCACUGAAGCAAUUUAAAAGCAAGAGUAAUUCUUCUAGCAAGAGAGAAGUUGGUGACAGAGGGAAAGAGAAGAAAGAUUUGGAACAUCAGAGAACAAAGAAGAAUCGCCAGUUUCCAAAAAUAUGGUUAACAAAAUACUCCUGGUUAAAAUAUGAUGAUGAAAGGGGAAUAAUGUUUUGUGCACCAUGUCGUAAGCACAACGUGGAUUUGGGGGAGAACAUUCAUAAUUUUUGUUCUGGCACUGAUGACUUCAAACUUGAAUAUAUAAAUACACACCAGACUAGUGAAGCUCAUGCCUGGGCUACCUGCAUGGAAGCUGCCAGUACUGCUUCACCAGAUACAGCUUCUUCUGAGCAGAUGUUGAAGAGCAUGAACUCAAUAACAUUGGGUAGAGUAGAAAAUAUUUUUAGAACAUGCCAUGCUAUUGCUAAAUCUGGUCGUCCCUUUACAGACCUUGACUGGAUGUGUAAACUGGAUGAUAUGAAAGGAGUGGAUAUUGGUUCUGUGUUUAGAAAUGACAAGUCAGCAAGAAUGUUUAUACAUUUUAUUGCUGAAGUAGAGAGAAGAGCUUUGAAAGAGAAACUGGAGAAAUGCAAAUUUUUCUCUGUUAUUAGUGAUGGAGUCACAGACAGUAUGCUCAAAGCAGCUGCAGUUGUCUACGUACGCUUUGCAAAUAAAGGGAAAGUCUAUUGCCAGAUUGUUGGGGUUCGACCUAUUCACAAAACUGAUGCUUCAACUGUAAAAAAUGCAAUUGAGGAAACAUUACAAAUAAAUCUUCAGCUCAGUCUGGAAAGCCAGGACUGGUCAAAAAAAUUAGUUGGAUUUGGAAGCGAUGGGACAGAUGUCAUGGUAGGGCGAAACAGUGGGGUAGCUAAACUUCUGAGGGAAAUUCAGCCCUGUGUACAGUCUGUGCAUUGUUUUGCUCACCGCCUAAAGCUGGCUUACAAAAGAGCACUGAAAAAUAUUCAGCUAUACAACAUCUUAGUGAAUGUCUUGAGAAAUAUGUAUUACUUUUAUCACAACUCACCUCUAAAUAAGAAUAAUCUCAAAGCCACAUAUGAAGCCCUUAAGUUACGCCCAGCUAUUCCUUCUCGCAUCGGAGGCUCCCAGUGGCUUCCUCGUCUACAAACAGCUCUACAAAUUCUCCUUAAAGGUUAUCCUGCAAUGGUUCUACAUCUGAGUAAGAUUGAAAGAGAUUCAAGAUCCUUGAACUGGCAAAAAGUCAAAGGCCUUCUACAACUCCUUCUGAGAAUGGAGAUAGUCAAGUUUUCUCACUUCUUGUUGGAUGUCAUCAAUGUCCUCAACAUUCUGUCACGAGUUACUCUAGAUCACAACUCCUCCAUUGCAGACAUAUUUGCAACUGUGCAGUCGACGCUGGAAACACUCCACAUGUAUCAAACAAGAGGUGGUCCAAAGGAACGCCUGGUGGAGGCCAUUCAGCACUUUCAUGGUUACCAGCUUGCUGGAAAUGGAAAUAUUUCAGCAAUACGGACCAAAGUACUAAGCAAUUUGGUGAAGAGGCUACGUGAUUGUUUUUGCGAUGCAAGUCAAGAUGUUUUGCGAGCAACUACUAUUGGAAGUUUUAAACUAUGGCCUGACAAAAUGAAACAAGAAUUUGGUGAAAAGGAAGUAUCUGUCUUGACUAAACAUUAUGAAGUCAUACUAGAAGCUGCUAGUGUGAAAAUAGGUGAAGUAGAAACUGAAUGGAGCAUGUUGAAAUUAGAGCUGUAUAACAGAUUUCAGAACAUCCAAACCUUGACAUGGGAUACAGUGAACUCAGACUAUUCGAAGAAGUAUCCCAACAUCCUGACAUUGGUAGAUUUGAUCCUAACUCUGCCAGCAAGCUCAGCUGAAACGGAGCGAGGCUUCAGUCAAAUGAAACUCACCAUGAUGCACUUGCAUUCUAACCUAAGGCCUGAAAGUGUGACGGAUUUUAUGAUAAUUCAGAUGAACUCUCCAGAUAUCAAAAAAUUUGACCCCCAGAAAGCUAUUCAUUUGAGGAAUGCUACUUGGCAAAGAAAUAGAAGACUACAGGGAUGUGAUACGAUGACAAAUGAAAGACCAGAUUAUUCCUCUGAGUUUGAUUUGGAGAGUCUCUGCGGAAGUGACUAGAUGAAAAGUGUUAGUUUUUAUUUCACAAUCUUCAUGUAACAUACAUGGACACUUUAACACACUAUCUUGGAGGAUUAACAAGUGUAAAAUUUGUAUUUUUUUUAAAGUAAUGUAUUAUAAUGUUAAAAUAUGGGUUUUCUUUAUGUUCACUGCUUAAUCUCCAGUAGACGUUUACAUUUGCCCUUCCAUACCUGGCUUCUGUAAAUCUCAAGACAAUGAACAAAAAUAAUGGAGUACAUUUUCACCUUGGUGACAUGUGGAUGGGGGCGUUACUCAUAAUUUCUGUGUGAUUGUUUAUUGCAUUUAGCUGAGUCAUAAUACAUUAUAACCACUGGAGUUAACUAUCAUUGUACUAUCAACCUUAAUAGUUCAAGAAAUUUCAUUGAUUCUGGGAACCCUGAUUUUCUUUUGAUAAAUGUGUGGAAAAUCAAUGCAUCAUUUCUCUCAAAUGAUUGCUUGACCUCUGUAGCCUAUGAAUUUUGGGUCAUGCCUUCUCUCCAUAUCUGUAUGUGUUGCUACUUUUUAUUCUCUUGUGGUUAAGGUUUAACAUGACCCGUCACAGAUUUUUGUCAGACAUGUCCUUCAGAAGACAGUCCUACAGAGGCAGAGCAGAUCCAUUUUCCAUUGCUGAUUAUUAAUUGCACAAAUCAGUCUUCACAUAGCAAAUAUUUUUACAACCAGGAUAUGACUAAUAUACUUCACAGCUUGAACCACUUUUUUUUUCUUUGUAAAAAUGUCUGUGAGGGUUGCAGUAAGAAUGCUGUAUCAUGAUUUUUAGUCUAGGACCUGAGAAUGAGAAUUGUUCAGAGAAGAAUUUGAUUUCAUGAUUGCAUAAUUUUACAUGUUUUAAGUGCAGCUUUCUAUUUGAUAAUUUCCAACUAAGGUAAAGCAUACCAGCAGAAUAUAUUUCUACUUUCAAGAAAAAAGCAAUGAUUUAUAUUAAAAAAAUAGCUAAAGUGAAAUCACUAAUGAUCCCAGCAGUGAUGAAGAUGAAUUAGAAAUAAUAUGGGAGAAAUCAAUGUGAGGUCAUUCACCUUUAAAUCAAACCUUUUUUAAAUCAAGAUCAACUGUCUACUUUCAAUGCAAAACAUGUAAUUGCAGAAGAUAUGCUAGACACAAAUCACACACAAACACAGAUAUAUAGUCCUUUUCUGUGUAUCUUGCAUAAAUAUUCUUGCUAUUUACAGCUGUAGAUAGUGUGUCAGAAAUAGAGUAGGUUUUGAAUGCACACCUCAUUAUGGGAUGUUAGUGCGCUCAAGUAGAGUUAACCUAUAGGCAUCAGAAGAAGAGAUCAGUACUGUGUGUUAUCUGGUUGAUUAUAAAAGAUCCAGCAUUGAAAUAUCUUCAUUUGUGAUUUAUCAGAUAACAAAAAUAUUUAGUUAUAGUUUACCUAAUAAGCAACAGGAUAUAUAUUAUACAGGGUACAUUAUUAGGUAUGUGGCAUUGCUAAUUCUAAGGAUUUUCUCUUAAAUCAUGUAAUACUGUUUUUCCCUUCAAGUUUUCAAAUUGAAAGAUUUUAACUAUGAUGAGAUUAGAAAAAGUUGGAAAAUGUGUCUCCUGCAUGUCCAAGAGCAGAAUGGAAUAACUGCAACAGCAAUGUAAUAACUGCCUUAAUUUGUACAAUGUGUUUCCUCAAAGAACUUCAAUCUGUGAAAUUUACUUACUGAUCUUGACCAUCUCUCCAGUUUUUCAAAAUCUUUCUGAAUUCUGAUUCUUUUUCCAAAAUGCUUGUUAGCCUUUCUAAUUAAAUGUAUUUCUACACACCAGUAUUCUUUUCUCAGCACCGUCUGUGUGUCUGCCCUCUCAUAGCAUUUCUCCAUGAUUUUAAAGUAUUGGCAACCUCUGAAUUAAAUUGAAAGAAAGAUAGAAUUGUCUGGGUUGGAAGGGACCUUUAAGAUCAUCUAGUCUAACCAUCAACUAACUCUGAUAAAAACUAUUACUAAAUUGUGUCACUAAGCAUUAAGUCUACCUGUCUUUAGCUUAGUUCUGAGUGAAAAAGAGGGUUGUUUCUUCACAUUUACCACAGAGGAAGAAAACUGGGUACACACUGCAGAUCACCUGACAGUGCUUAAAUGUCUUUCAAUAAUUCAUGUUUGCAGUAGGCUUACAUCUACUAAUGUCAAAUCUACCCAAAAACUAUGUUCCAGAAUGGUCUACAAUCAAAUCAAAAUUCUAAAAAUUGCAAUUAAUGUUUUAGACUUCAUUUCAGAUAUUAUCUCUUGUUUCGCGUUCUUUGAUUUCCUUGCCCCUCAAAUACUUUUUAGGUGUGCUUCUGAAGUCAUCUAGCCUCACAAAAAGUGACAUGAGGAUAUUUUAGAAUUUUGUGCAGAAAAAAAAAAACAAAAUUCAAAUUCAUUUUAGGAAGGAAAUGCAGCUUCUCUCCAAACAUAUAUAUGUGUACAAUUUCUCUGCUGUGUGAAGAGAUGCUGAGGGCAUUACUCAUCAUUUUCCUAAUUGGAGGAAAAAACAAGUCUACAGAGAUUCUAGACUAUUAAUUAAAAUUGGCAACUUAUUUUUUAAUACUGAAAUUAUGAAAUAAGUAUUCAAACACAUUCUUAAUAUUUCCACCACUUAAAUCUUUCUUCAUAAAACUUAGCAAGUUUUCCUUUACUGUUCCACUUCAAAGAGUAAAGUUUGUUAGCUAUGCCUUUCCAAAAUGACAAUGUUUGUCUGUAUAAAGGAAGAAAUAUAAGUAAGUCCUUCUGGUAUUUCAUGAAUUGUGUCUGCUUUCAAAGGUAAUCUGAAAAUUUACUCUUUUGACACUACAGAAUUGAUCAUAACCUGACCAAAUCUGCUUUGUUUCUCAAAAUAUUGAAACUUAUUUUAUGUUUUUUGUUGUUACUGCAGAGUUUUUGCAGUGAAUCCUCACUGAGCCAGCAAAAUCCAUUUCUAAAAAAAAGACUGUUAAAUUUUGAUGUACAUAAUUUUGCAUUUUAAGACUGUGCGUGAACCUUGAAGUUUCUAUUUGCUUAUAAGCAAAUCCAUGCCUAUUUUAAAAACAAAGAGGUUUUGUUGCAUUUACUAAUUUUUACCUUGUGUUUUCUUUAAAAUAAAAUUGAUGGAGCUAUUUAUAACUCCGACACGCCAA